AUGACCAGGGAUAGGUUUGAUUCCUUACAAAGUCGGCUUCACUUCUCGGACAACGAGGACCCCCGUGCCGACACCGACCGUCUGUGGAAGCUGCGACCGGUGUUGGAUAUCCUCGAUACGACGUUCAAGACGGUCUAUAUCCCUGACAGGAAAAUCGUGGUUGAUGAGUCGCUGUGGGCGUUCAGGGGACGUCACCACGCGAUUCAAUUCAACCCGACGAAGAGGGCGCGGUUCGGGAUGAAGGUAUAUCGCCUGUGCGAGAGUGAUGGUGCUGGUGCUGGCUACACCAGUGCCUUCAAUGUCUACAUGGGCCAGGACCGCGGCGACGUACCUGCCAGCAUGAAGGCUGUGACCGACCUCAUGAACCGCGCCUGCUUCUUCGAGAAGGGUUACGAGCUGUACUUGGACAACUGGUACAGCUCCCCGGAACUUUUUCAUUACCUGUCAUCAAGGAAGACGAACAAUUCGGCUGAACCGCAAGUUCAUGCCGAAGGACCUCAAGUCCGGACGAAGCCCCAAGCCGUCGUUGACUACAACGUGGGAAAGAAGGGGGUAGACCUUGCCGAUCAGUUGGCCGCGUCGUACUCCACAACCAGAAGAACUAACAAGUGGUACCAGAAUGUGUUUUACCACUUGCUCGACAUGGCGGUGGUGAAUGCUUUCGUGGUUCACAGGGCGUUGGGUGGCACCCUGACCCAGCUUGAGUUCCGCCUGGAGAUCAUAGCUAACUUCCUCGAUCAACCUCCGGCCUACGGGAGAAGGGGUGGCCUUCGGACGCCUCCGGCUGCCACCCCAUCGCCUCCUCGCCGCCGGAACGCCCCACGUCAGCAGCAGCGCCAGCAGGUACCACAGGGCCACGUCCUGGCUUUCAAUCCAGGGCGAAAGUACCGCCGGUGUCGUCACUGCCGAGUAAGCCGCAACGUGAGGAAGGAGACGCGCUACAGGUGUGGCAGGUGUGAUGUCUCACUGUGCCCGGCAGAUUGCUUCAAUCUGUGGCACAGCCCCCUGUAG